UGGUCUGUGAUGUGUUGUUCCAGUGUGGGGAGGCAUACUGACUUGGAUUGAGGGGAGGGAGUGUGCGUGCGCGAGUGAGCGAGCGAGCGAGCACCAGACAGUCAGCUCGAGCUGCUACCCGGGAGAGGCGAUGAUGGCGGCGGCUGUAGAAAGAGGAGGGGUUCGGGCCGCCUUCCUGAACCCGGGGAGCGGCGGUGGUGGCGGACCCGCUCCGGCUACAGUCCCGGCUGCACCGGGAGCUGGGGCUGGAGUCGCCGGCCUUGGUUCGGGUGGCUCGGGUCCGAUGCCCGUUCCUAUGAACCUAUUUGCAACCUGGGAAAUAGACCGCUCUUCUCCAAGCUGCGUUCCAAGGUUGUGCAGCCUCACCCUGAAGAAGCUGAUCGUCCUGAAGGAACUGGACAAAGACCUGAACUCGGUGGUGAUCGCUGUGAAGAUCCAGGGUUCCAAACGCAUCCUGAGGUCAAACGAGUACGUGCUCCCGCCCGGAGGACUGAUGGAGACGGACCUGGAGCUCACCUUCUCAUUACAGUAUCCGCAUUUCCUCAAGAGGGACGCCAACCGGCUGCAGAUCAUGUUGCAGAGGAGGAAGCGCUACAAGAACCGCACCAUCCUGGGCUACAAGACGCUGGCCGUGGGAGUCAUCAACAUGGCCGAGGUGAUGCAGCACCCAACGGACGGAGGCCAGAUCCUGGGUCUCCAUAGCAACGUGAAGGAGGCCCCCGUUCGGGCGGCGGAGAUCAGCGUGUUCUCGCUCUCCAGCCAGCCGAUCGACCACGAGGACGGCAGCGUGCAAGCUGGGCCCAAGACUAAAACCUCAGACCGCUCUCCCGACAUCGACAAUUACUCGGAGGACGAUGACGACAGCUACUCCUCCGAGCAGGAGGCCAGCGACGACGCUGUUCACGGGCAGGACCUGUACGAUGAAGACGACGAGGUCAGGAAGCCAAAGAAAUCGCGAAGGAAAAUGAUCAGGACCACCUCCAUGACCAGGCAACCCAACUUUAAGCAGAAGUUUGUGGCCCUGCUGAAGAGGUUCAAAGUUACGGAUGAGGUGCUGGACUCUGACCCGGUCGAUCAGACGCAGGAGGUGGAGGAGGAUUUGGACCUGCUGUACGACAGCCUGGAGGUCUACAACCAGAGCGACAGCGGCCGGAUGGAGCACGAGAGCAAUGACUCUCUCCUUUGUGCUUCCAGACCGUUCUUUGAAGGGAUGUCCCACUCCAGCUCUCAGACGGAGAUUGGGAGCCUGCACAGCCAGAGGAGCCAGGCCCGAAACCCCUCCUCUGCUGGUGCAGACUUCCUGUCUGUGGAGAAGACCAAAGUGCCCGGGGCCCGGUAUCCCGAAAACAGCUCUGUGGAGGCCGCACCAGGGGAGCCAGAGGAAGAGGAUGUGGGGGCGGGGCCCGGGGCAGUGCCAGGGGCGGGGCCAGGGGCAGGUGAUGUCAGCUGGGACCCCAGUCCUGAAAAACCCCCCAGCUCCGUAGGAAAGCUCUGCAAGACGGAGUCCCAGAACCACAUGUCACCCAGUAAAACGGAGAACAAGCUUCAGCGGCGGCCGCGGAGCACCUCCAUGAAGGACCGGCAGAACAGCAAGGCCCAGAGCGACCGCACCAGCAGCAUGGACAGCGAGAGCUCGCCGGACUCCCGGCUCACCGCGCAGGUCCCCAGGAAGUCUGUGUACGACCAGCUGAACCAGAUCCUGAUCUCAGACGAGCAGCUGCCAGAGAGCAUCAUCCUCAUUAACACCACCGACUGGCAGGGCCAGUACCUGGCUGAGCUCCUUCACCAGCACAACCAGCCCAUCGUCUCCACCUGCUCGUCUGCCGACGUCCAGGCCGCCUUCAACACCAUCGUUACCCGGAUACAGAGAUUCUGCAACUGCAACGCGCAGAUGCCCCCCACCAUCAAGGUGGCGGUGGCGGGGGACCAGAGCUACCUCAGCACCAUCCUGAGGUUCUUCGUGGAGCAGCUGGCCAACAAGACGCCCGACUGGCUGAGCUACAUCCGCUUCCUGGUCAUCCCCGUCGGUUCUCAUCCCCUGGCGAAGUACGUGGCGUCGUUCGACAGCAAGUUCAACAACCUCUUCAUGGACACAGCGUGGAGGGAGGUGUUCAGCCGAACAGAGCCCCCAACUUCAGACACCAUGGACGUGGCGGGCCGGGUCACGCAGUACCUGGCUGGGGCCGCCGUCUCCCACCAAUUCCCCAUCUCAGAGGCCAUGCUCACCUACAAACAGAAGAGGAAGAGAAGUUUGUAUUUUGAUUUUUACAUCAGCCCCGACGAAGACUCCUGCCAGAAGUUUGUGCCCUUCAUCGGGGUGGUGAAAGUGGGAAUCGUAGAGCACAGCCUGUCCACCUCAGUGGACUCAGACGACGCCAUGGUGGGAGGGAUCAGCAUGCUGUCGUCUCCGCCCCCACAGACAGGGGGCGUGGCCUAUGGAAAGGACAUGACAUGCACCCCUCCCCCCUCCCCCUCAGUUUCCACGGCACUCUCCGGAGCUGGUUCUCCGGGCUCAGGUGGAGAGGUGAUGGGGCUGCAGGUGGAUUACUGGGCGUGGCAGGGUCCCGAUAAGAAGAGGGAGGGGGAGAGGCGGGACGUGGGCAUCAAGAACACCCUGAAGAGCAACUUCCGCUCCCUGCAGGUCAGCCGAAUCCCCAGCGGGGGCGAGCUCACGCCCUCCCCCAGCAUGUCCAUGACCGUGGUCACCAAGGAGAAGAACAAGAAAGUGAUAUUUCUCAGUAAGAAGCCCAAGGAGAAAGAUCUGGACUCCAAGAGUCAGGUGAUCGAGGGCAUCAGCCGGCUGAUCUGCACUGCUAAACACCAGCACACCAUGCUGAGAGUCUCCAUUGACGGUGUGGAGUGGAACGACGUUAAGUUUUUCCAGCUGGCCGCUCAGUGGCCCACUCACGUUAAGCACUUUCCCGUGGGGGUCUUCGGCUACACCAAGCCCGUGUGACCGCGCCCGGCAACCGUCGCCCGGCAACCGCCGGACCGGCUGGUCUCCCCAGCGCCCCGUCUUUUCGGAAUGAGGAAGUCCAAUCGGAGCAGUGUUCCCGAUCGAAUCCCUAAUCGUUUUCCUGUGGAAACUAUAGAAGCUCUAACCCAGCGUGGUUAGUGCAGGAUUCUUCUUUUGGUUGUCGAUGUCCUUGUUUUUUGGGGAAUUAUUAUUUAAAACAUUUUUUGUUACACCAGCAAAAGGAACGCCGGGGUCUUUUUGUGAGGAUGUACACUGCCACAGAAAUCCAAUAUUGGGCUUGGGAAAAAAAAAAGCAACACUAAAUUUGGUGGUCGGCAGCUGUGUUUGCACUUUGUUUUUCGGUUAUGUUUUUUAUCGUUUCUGUGAAAUCUUGUGGGUCGUUGUUCUGUAUUGUGUGUGAGGGUUGGGGGAGGGGGGGGACGUUGUGCAGAUUUUUGGAUUUUGUUUGGGGGGGGGGCGCGGAAUGAGUGGAACGUUGCUGUGAAUCUAGCAGAGGUCUCUGUCACCCCCAAGAGAGACCCUCUUUUUCUUUUGUUGGGUUUUUAUAACAAGAAGUGACUUGCUAGCGUUUUGAUAUGAUACUUAUUAGUGAGUAAACUUGCCUUUUUUAUUUUGAAGCACACUGUGUAUCGGAAGCAAAAAAAAAAAAAACAAGCAACUAUAUAUCUGAAAGCAGGAAAGAGGAAUUAAAAUUUAGAAUCGGGGACGGACGGACGGACAGACGGACGGACGAACUCGCACUGACACAGGGAUAAGGCAUCAGCCCUUAACGCCAUCUUCAGAGCUGAGGACGGGCUGUGAAAUUUGGGUCUUUGAGAGGUGAGCUUCUGAGCCCCUCUCUCUCUCUCUCUGUCCUACUUCUUUCUCCCAAAACAAAAGGCACAAUCCACCGCUCGCAGACUGACUCACACAUUUAUUAAUCUCUCUCUCUUUCUCUCUUAGGCUCUUACACACAUAUACCUUUUCAGUUCUUCGCUUUCUUGCAGCUAAAUACCAAAUUUCGUUUUUAGUUGUUCUAACCACGUUGUGCACUCGGACUAGUGUCCACUUGUACACCCAAAACGGGUAGCAGAGAAGGGUGUAGUGCACACUCGUUCACCCGAAGCGGGUAGCAGAGGGGGUUGUGUGCGCUCGUUGGGCAGAAGCUGAUAGCAAAGGGGAGUAGUGUGCACUAAUUAGCUAGUAGGUUAGCAGCCAGCUGUCUCUGCAGCUAUUCUAGCUUUGUGUUUGUCACUGAUUGGCUGAAGAGUUUCCAGUGCCUGUUUCACCAGGUCUGGUACACACUGCAAAAAAACUAAAAAAUAAGUCAAUCAAGUAUUUUAUCCUUACAUUUAUACUUAAAAUCUUAUUUCUAUUACUUAUUUGUUAAGUAAGACAUAACUAUUUUCAGUUUCAGGUGAGAGGUUUGAGUCAUUUCAAGAUGAGUCAUUGCCAAGGGGUAAGAAUUUCACUUAAGUAAGCAGUACCUUCAAGCAAGCUAAUAUUUUCUACUUGAGAGAAAAAAAAAUUAAGUCUCAUUACACAACUAAAACGCUUGUUAAGACAGACUUUUUUUUACAGUGCAGCCUUGCUACAGAGCCAACAGAACAUGGCAGAGCCCUGGCAUUUGAGCCGUUGGAGUCUCAGUGUCAGACGCUGCAUUUGAGCGCAGGCCACUCAGUGACCCCGCGUUGACCCGGAAGGGGUUCGGUCGUGGGGUUAAGGUUACAGUGCCUGAGGCCGGCUGCCAGUGGUUUUGAGGUGACAAACUGGCGAAACUGAACUGAAACUGAACAAGUAGUUCAGCUCUUUCAUCAGCAUGGUCCUCAGAGCUAAAGACCAGACCCGGGAGGUUAACAUAAAUCUUCAAAAUAUUUUAACUUGUGGAAGGACUGUAGAGGCCAUGCAAUUAUUUCUUUUUUUUGUUUAGCCCCAUUUUCUCAAAAGAAGUAAGUCAUGAUAUAAAGAUAACUGCACCAGAAAGAGAAAUAUUGCGUGGACUUUUAUGACCUUCUGUAUUAACUCUUUAGAUGCCAGUAAAAAUUUGAAAGCACACCUUGCCAAUACCCUGAAAAUGUUCCGGCGAACAUUGUACUAGCCAAAAUGAUCUAAUGAAAGAAAGGGUCUAAUGAUGCAGGAUCUAAUCUUCAGGAGUUUUACUGGCAUCUGCGGGGUUAAAACAUGGGUUCAAAUAAUUUACUUGACCCAGGUCUGCGGUCAGCUGACAUCCAAGUGGAUCCAAGUCCGCCCCCAUGACCCAGCACCCCAUUUUUACUGGAGUUUAUUUUGAGUGUUUUUCUCCGGUGUGGUUUCUCAGAUCUGUACAAUUUAUAGGGUAAUUUUAAGGAUAAUUUUCACUGGGUUUUUUGUAAACAGACCCUUUAAGAAAAAAAAAAAGAAGUAAUCUGUAAUUACUUAAUAUGUAAUAAAUCUAUAAUAGAUUACGUUAUAUUGUACGUUGACGUUAUAUGGGGAAUGACUGACGUGUUUGUUUUGCUGUGUGAGGGGAGUGUAGUCAGUGUCACUCAUUCGUGCUUUACAGUUAUACGCUUUCACUUCAUUAAGGGCACCUAGGCUGUUCAACAAUACAAAAUACCCUAUUUAAAAAGCACCCUGCUAACUGGAGUAGGAGAUAUAUAUUUAGAGAUUUUCCUUUUUCCAUUUUUUGGGAAAAAAAGGAUUAUCUCACAGUAUUUUGUUGUAGCAUUUACAACCUGCGUGUAGUCAUAAAAAAUAAAAAAUUAAAGCUGCUCGUGCUUACAAAGUUGAGCAUGAAAUACGUGGUCCAAAUUGACCAAUCAGCCGCUUUCCCUGGGUUUUGCGAUCUUCACAAAGUACCCUAGGUGCCGUUUAACUGGAGGACUCAGUUUUGCCAUUGUUUUGUUUUUUUAUUUCCUGGUAGACGAUGUCUUUCUGAGCACAGAGGCAGCCUCUUGCUGGAGACAGUACAGAUGAUCUACAAGAAACUCUGGUGACUGCAAUGAUUUAUUUAGUGUGGGG